CCGCUUUUCUCUUUAUGCAUUAAAAGUUGAGAGAAGGAGAGAGAUGAAUAAUAUUGUACGUAACAUCAAUAUCAGUGUAACCCCGCAUUGCAUCAGUGAGGUAGUGGUGGCAGAGAUUGACGGAGUAGAUAUAAAAUUUUCCCUUGCAAAGCAAGACAUGUUUGCAAUUUUCCAUCAUAUCAACCCCCGAUCUUUUGAGUACCCCUUUCUUUAUUAGCCAUCUCAACGGUUACUUCCUCGCUGUGAAUGCCCAUUAACGGCUAGUUUCCAUGUUCUCUGAACACCCAAUAGUCAAAAUCAUAUAAAGACAAGGAUAGUGUUUGCUGGAGAGAGAGAGAGAGAGAAACCCAGAUGGAUUUCAGUUCUUUCUUGACGUCUCUUGGGACAUCCUUUGUGAUUUUCUUCAUUUUGAUGUGUUUGUUUACAUGGCUUUCGAGAAAGCCAGGGAACAACGGGGUGUACUAUCCAAAUCGGAUCUUGAAAGGUUUGGAUCCGUAUGAGGGUUUGUCCAGGAGCAGAAACCCUUUUUCUUGGAUCCGAGAGGCUAUGUCUUCAACCGAAGAAGAUGUUAUUUCCAUGUCGGGUGUUGAUUCUGCUGUGUACUUUGUCUUCUUGAGCACUGUGUUGGGAAUAUUCGUCCUGGCCGGCCUUGUGCUGUUACCAGUACUUCUGCCAGUAGCUGCCACAGAUAAGGGGGUGAAGGCAGACAAUACCACCAUCAGCAAUGGGACUUUCAAUGACCUUGACAGUCUAUCUAUGGGACAUGUUGAAGAAAAGAGUCCACGUCUGUGGGCAUUCGUGAUUGCCACCUAUUGGGUUUCUGUUGUUGCAUAUUGUUUAUUGUGGAAGGCAUACAAACAUGUCUCCGAUCUGAGAGCCACGGCUCUAAUGUCUCCUGAAGUGAGAGGUGAACAGUUUGCUGUUCUUGUCAGGGACAUUCCUCCCUCUGAAGGUCAAACUAGAAAGGAACAGGUUGACUCAUUUUUCAAAACAAUCUAUCCAGAGACAUUUUACAGAUCAAUGGUGGUCACGAACAACAAGGAGGUCAAUAAAUUAUACGAAGAGUUGGAUGGGUACAAAAAGAAGCUUGCACGAGCUGAAGCCAUAUAUGCAGGGUCAAAGACAACAGGCAUACCCGAAGGAAUGAGACCCACAAACAGAACUGGCUUUCUUGGUCUCAUUGGUAGUAAGGUAGAUUCGAUAGAAUACUACAAUGAAAAGAUUAAUGAGCUGAACCCAAAGUUGGAAGCUGAACAAAAAGUCACUCUCAGAGAGAAGCAGACAGCUUCGGCGCUGGUCUUCUUUACCAACAGGGUAACUGCAGCUUCUGCUGUGCAGAGUCUACAUGCCCGAAUGGUGGACACAUGGACAGUCAUGGAUUCUCCUGAACCCCGCCAGAUAAUAUGGCCUAAUCUUCCCAAAAAUUUUUAUGAUAGGCAAAUACGACAGUAUGUUGUGUAUGUCAUUGUCUUUUUGACAAUAGUUUUCUUCAUGAUCCCAAUUGGUUUUAUUUCUGCGUUUACAACUCUGGAAAAUCUGAAGAAGCUCCUCCCAUUUCUAAAGGCAGUCAUUAACCAGAAUGUGAUAAGGACAUUGUUGGAAGCUUACCUCCCUCAACUUGCUCUUAUUAUAUUUCUGACUUUGUUGCCGAAGUUUCUUUUGUUUCUAUCAAAGGCUGAGGGAAUUCCUUCAGAGAGCCAUGCAAUAAGGGCUGCAUCAGGGAAAUACUUCUAUUUCACUGUGUUAAAUGUAUUUAUCGGUGUUACAGUGGGUGGAACCCUUUUCAGUACAUUCAAGACCAUUGAGAAGAAUCCAAACUCUAUUGUCCCCUUACUGGCGAGCAGCCUCCCAGCCAAUGCAACUUUCUUCUUGACCUAUGUGGCUCUGAAGUUCUUUGUUGGCUAUGGUCUUGAGCUGUCCCGGUUAGUUCCUUUAAUUAUAUUUCAUCUCAAGAGGAAGUGUCUUUGCAAAACUGAGGCUGAGGUGAAAGAAGCUUGGGCUCCUGGAGAUCUUGGAUAUGGAACUAGGGUUCCUGGCGACAUGCUGAUAGUCACAAUCGUCUUCUGCUAUUCUGUAAUAGCUCCGAUAAUUAUUCCAUUUGGUGUUGCAUACUUUGGCCUGGGCUGGCUCGUUCUCCGGAAUCAGGUACUCAAAGUGUAUGUUCCAGCAUAUGAGAGCUACGGAAGGAUGUGGCCCCACAUGCAUACGCGUAUCUUAGCUUCAUUGCUUCUGUUCCAAGUCACCAUGUUCGGUUACUUUGGUGUGAAGGAGUUUUACUACGCUCCAGUUCUAAUUCCACUUCCGAUACUUUCCUUGAUCUUUGCCUUCAUUUGUAGAAAUAAAUUCUAUCGAUUUUUCCAAUCAACAGCCCUUGAGGUCGCUUGUCAGGAAUUGAAGGAAAUUCCCAACAUGGAACUUGUCUUCAGAUCUUUCAUUCCACCAAGCUUGAGUGCUGAGAAGGCCGAUGAUGAUGAGCAGUUUGAAGAUGCUAUGUCUCAUCAAGUUUCGAGGACAGCUUCAUCUGUUUGA